AUGGCGCGAAAUGACGAGACAUGCCCCACAAAUAUCAAUGUGCUGGGUGGAGGCAUUCGAAAGGAAUGCUGUGACUGUUGUUUGUUGGCCCGGGAAUUGGUGCGCCGAAAUGAGCCUUGCCAGGCUCCGACCGGUUUCUCUGCUCUUUGCCUUCGCUCUUUCAACAGAUGCUGCCAAUCAGAUUUGGACAUCAUCACACCGGCUGUGCAUAUUCCGAAACAACCCGACGAUGUGACUGCCCUCCUCCAAGUCGGUGAUCGUUGCGCGACAUCCCGUUGUGAACAUCAAUGCAAUGACAGUGGUGGUGAUCAAGUGGAAUGUUCAUGCCGCGAAGGAUAUGAUUUGGGAUCGGAUGGGACCAGUUGUAUCGAUAUCGACGAAUGCAGUCUCCUUCUUGAUGUUUGUUUGGAGGGCCAGAGAUGUCUGAAUGUCCCAGGUGGAUAUAAAUGUAUUCGAACGCUGUCGUGUGGAACGGGAUAUGUCAUGGAUUCUGAUACUGAACAGUGCACCGACGUGGACGAGUGUAAUCUUGGCUCUCACGACUGCGGUACGCUGUAUCAGUGCAAAAAUACACAGGGCAGCUAUCGUUGUGUGCCAAAGCGAUGUGGAGACGGCGAGGUGCAGAACCCACAAACCGGCGAAUGUACAUCAAUCAAUUGCCCCAAGGGGUAUUAUGCAAAGGAUGGAAGGUGUAAUGACAUCGACGAAUGCAGCAAAGAGCAAUCCCCCUGCCUUCCGACAGAAGAUUGUGUCAAUACCCCGGGUACAUAUCGUUGUCAACAGCGAGGAAAUCCAUGCUCUUUCGGAUAUCAAGUCAAUCCACAUUCCGGGUUUUGCGAAGACAUUGACGAGUGUUUGUCUCCUAAUUCUUGUCAUGGUAUGGAAUGUACGAAUCUGCCGGGGACAUUCCGCUGUAAAUGUCCCACCGGAUAUGAAUUUGAUGAUCGGACAAAACGCUGCGAAGACAUUGAUGAAUGCCAGCGAUUCCAAGGUCAUGUAUGUGAUGUAUUGGCAUCUUGUACAAAUACCGUCGGAUCAUUUAUUUGUAUCUGCAGACAGGGAUUCGAGUUGGCACAGGAUCAGAAGACUUGUAUCGACAUCGACGAAUGCUCGCGCGGGAUAGCGCAUUGCGCGCAGAAAUGCGUGAAUAUCCCGGGCAGUUAUCAAUGUAUUUGCGAUCGAGGUUAUGCACUUGGCCCGGAUGGAGUCACUUGUGAAGAUAUUGACGAAUGCUCGUUGUGGAGUGGUACCGGUAUCGGCAAUGAGUUAUGUAUGGGUGAUUGUAUCAAUACUCCUGGAGCCUACACCUGCAAAUGUCCGCCCGGCUACAAAAUCCAAGAGGACGGGAGGACGUGUGUUGACAUUGACGAGUGCGCGGCGGGUGAAUGCCAGGGCGGAGAUCGUGUCUGUGUCAAUACUUUGGGCCAUUUCAAAUGCCAUCGCAUCGAAUGUCCCAAUAAUUAUGUCCAUGACAGUAACUACAAAAAUCGGUGUAAUCGUCGUCGUGAGGCGUGUCUCGGAAUGGGCGAAUCCGACUGUAAACAGGCGCAUCCCGUUCAUAUUACUUGGCAGUUUAUCGGCCUCCCAAAAAAUGUCCCUCUCAAUAAACACCGUCCAUCCGUCACCCUAUUCACCAUAAAAGGGCCAUCUACACCAGGAAGCCAUGUGCAGUUUGAGCUAGUGCUCAAGCGGGCGAGUCCAGAACAAUUCGGCGUGAUCCCGGCGGUUCGAGCUAAUUUCCUACUUCAGAAAGGAGCCGAGAUGAAUGCAGCUGUGGUGGCAAUGAGGGACAGUCUGGAUGGCCCUCAAUUGGUGGAGCUUGAGCUGAUGUUGAGGCUGACGAAGGGCGGCCAUUUUGCGGGAAAAUACCUCGCAAAUCUCAUCAUUCAUAUUAGUCCCCAUGAAAAGAGGCGGAAUCACCCGAUGCCCCACGUGGAGGAUGGCUGGUCGUGCUUGAAGGCCUGUCGAGAAGAUGAUGGAGGAUGUCUAUCUAAUCAUACAAAAGAACUACUCUAUCAAUUCAGAUCUGUUCCCUCGUUUCAGACGUUGACACAACCUGUUGAGAUCUCCCGAAUCCGUGCCCAACUUGGCGUGCCAUUCAGUGUCGAAUAUCGAGUCGACCCCUCUAAUUCGGCACAUUUUAUUGUCGAUCAGGAGAGGAAUAUUGGAAUCGUCAAGCUGGCCGCCCCUCUUCGUGGCCCUCGCCAAGAGACAGUUCGUAUCGAAAUGUUGACGAGAUCUCGGACCGGAGUGUUACUCAAUUUGAAUUAUGCAUUAAUAGAGGUCUAUAUCUCAAGGCAUUCAUUU